GGCGCACAGCUCUCGGCUCGGACACACGUCCAAUCAGCUUUCUUCCUUCCUGACAGCUGGCCAAUCACAGCGCCCACGUUCAGGCUGAAAACUGUUCAACAUGGAGACAACAGUUGAAAAGCUUGAGGCGAUGUUUCUGAAGGCAGAGGCAGACCUGGAUUACAUUGAGAAGCGGUUGAAGCUGGACUUCAUCAACAGCAGUGCAGAAAAUGGAUGUCCAGCUGAGAACAACCUGGCAGUGGUGCUGGAGAACCUGAAGGCUAUAAAGUCCAAACACUCAGCCCUGUGCUCGCAGGUGAAGGAGCUCACGAGUGCACAGAAGGAGUCUGUAGACUCGAUCAGAAACAACCUCAGCAGCGUCAUGGAGCUGCUGCAACACUUUGAACAGACCACUGAUAUGGAGGUUGAGACACUGACAGAGUCAGAGCGAGAGUCUGUAGCACUGCUAAGUGCUGUCAGUUGCACCACAGCUGAGGUGUGUUCAGCUGUAGCAGCUUCUCACCAAGAGCAGCCACAAAGCAGUGAGUGUGAGGAACUGACUGCAGCCAUGCUGGAGUCGCUUCCCUCGAGCGUACGCUCCAACAUCAAGUUAGCUGACCUCAAUGCAUUCUACCAGCAGCUGCAGCAACAUCUGGGCAAAAGUAACAGGGGAUCACUUAGCGUGCAGAAGAUGAAGCAGUUGAAGAUGAAUGUGAGCGAUGCUAAGCUGAAGGUCCUGCAACAACUGUCUUUAGUUGAGCUGGACAGUAAAGGCCAUGUUCGUCUUGUGCUCUGAGCAGAGCGAUGGUUGUCACAGUAUGUACCGAGUUCUUGAGCAGAAACUAACCACAUAGGUGGAAUAGACACAUACAGGCCGUGAGAUGUCAGUUAUACUUUCAGUCGGCGCUAUGGUCGGUGUGUAUGUUGUAUAAAUGCUCAGAUAGAUUCACCAAAGUACAGCGCCAUCCUCUGAGCACUGGGGCAUAAGCUAGCCACAAUGAUGCUGUGAAGAUGCACAGUGUGUGCUGCCUGUUCAUGUUUUUUAUGUUAUGAUAAGGUUUAUUGUAAAAAUAUAUGAUUACAUUUUAACACAAGACCCUUUCCCCUGAGUAAAAUGCUAAACCCAUAAAGAUGCUAAUAGUUAUAAUGUAUUUUUGUCACGGUGACACAGUACACUGCUGUAACGCAUUUAAAUGAGUAACUAAAUUACAGAGUUUCUAACAGCAAAAUCUACCUUCAGCUGUGUUGAUUGAAACUCAAAAUGUUAAUAUUUUAAAUGUAUAAAGAGUAAUGAUGGACAUUAAAAUAAAUGUAAAAUUGUA